AUGAUUUGUAGCAGGUUGAAGAAGGUAUUACCUAAUAUCAUAGAGCCAGUUCAAAGUGCCUUUGUAGAGAAAAGAGUAAUUUUCCAUAACAUAUUCAUAUGCCAGGAUAUGUUGAGGCACUACAAAAGGAAGUCUGAGCCUGCUAGAUGUACAAUGAAAGUUGAUUUGCGCAAGGCCUAUGAUUCUAUUGACUGGGAAUUCAUUAAGGAAAUGUUGCUUGGUCUGAAAUUUCCUAAAAAAUUUGUGAACUGGGUUAUGUUAUGUAUGACUACCCCCAGUUACUCAUUGAGUAUAAAUGGGCAACUAUGUGGUUUCUUUCAAGGGAAGAGAGGAGUGAGGCAAGGAGAUCGUAUCUCCCCUCUCCUUUUUGUCAUUGCUAUGGAGUACAUCUCAAGGCUAAUGAAGAAAAUGCAGAAGAAAAAUCAAUUUGAAUUUCAUUACAGAUGUUCUGAUUUGAAGUUGUCACACCUAAUCUUUGCUGAUGAUCUGAUGCGUUUUUGCAAAGGGGUGCCUCAGUCUGCAAUUAUGAUAAAGAGAGUGUUAAAAACAUUCUCAGUUACCUCAGGUUUGUGUGCUAGUGCUGAAAAAACUGCUAUAUACUUUGGUAAUGUGAAAGAGGAGUUUCAGGUGAGAAUUCUUCAAGUUACUGGAUUUCAGAAAGGGCAAUUCCCAUUUAGAUAUUUAGGGGUGCCUAUUACUUCAAAAAGAAUCUCUAAAGCUGAUUGUGAAGUGUUGGUGGACAAAAUCUUGAAGAGAUUGAUAUGUAUGAGCUCUAGACACCUUUCAUAUGCAGGGAGGGUAACAUUGAUUAAUGCAGUCUUGAUAAAUCUACACACUUACUGGGCUCAACUGUUUUUGUUACCUAAAAGUGUCUUAGAGGCUAUUACAAGAAUAUGCAGAGCCUAUUUAUGGGAAGGGAAAGUUUAUACCUCUAAACCCCCUCCUAUAUCAUGGCAGGAGGUGUGUUAUGCAAAAAAUAGGGGAGGUUUAGGGAUUAGAGAAUGCAAGAGCUGGAAUGUUGCUGCUAUUGGGAAACAUGUUUGGCAAAUAACUGCAAAGGCUGAUUUGUUAUGGAUCAAAUGGGUCCACUCAGUGUAUAUUAAGGAGUCUUCAUGGUGGGAGUAUCAAGCUCCAACAAAGGCUAGCUGGUGCUGGAAGAACAUAUGCAAAGUCAAGGAUCAGAUGAAACAGGCUUAUACUGGGGACAAAUGGUUAAAUGUAGAUGCACAAUAUACCAUCAAGUCAGGAUACCAGUGGCUGCAUCCUGAAGGAGAGAAGAAUAGAUGGCAUCAUUGGGUCUGGAAUUCAUUUAAUAUUCCUAAGCAUUCAAUGAUUGCUUGGAUGGCUAUGAAAGGAAAGCUCAAAACAAGAGACAAAUUGAUGAGCAUUGGAAUCAGCAGGGUUGAUACUUGUGCAUUAUGUGAACUAGACACUGAAACUAGUCAACAUCUAUUUUUUAGAUGCCCUUUCAGUAAGAGAGUGAGUCAUGGUACUCUGCAGUGGCUUGAAAAACGAAGUGCAGUAAAUGAAUGUUUGUAUACGCAGUGGAAGAAAUGGGGAAGAUAUUCCAACAGUAGGAGAAAACAGAAGAUAGGCUAUGCAGUUCUGACAGCAACUGUUUAUGAAGUGUGGAGAGCUAGGAACAAUGCAAUAUGGAACCUGAAGGUUCCUUGUCCUAAGGCUGUAAUUAGAAACAUCAAGCAGAAUGUGUGUAGGAGAAUUCAAUUCCAGGUGACAAGUAAAUGGUCUAGAGAAGAGACUGAAUGGCUGGAAAAAUUAAUAGCAGAUAUGAGGUAG